UGAAGUCGGCGACGGAACUGCUCCAUGACAUGCAUCUGGACAAGUUUCUGGAGCUGGCUAGUCUGUCAGGCAUCAACUACACCUUGGGCACCGACAACAUCACACUCUUCAUCCCUACGGACAAGGCUUUUCGGGAACUAUCCCCACGGUACCUAGCAGCUUUGAUCAAACAACCACUGAAGAUGGAACAACUGGCCAAGUACCACAUUGUCAAAGGUCGUAUAGCAGAUGGUGAGCUCGUGGGAGACACAGCACUGGACACCUUAUCUGACCUGGCCGUCAAGAUUAAGGUUAAGGUCACCAGACAAGGAGUGACCGUGGAUAAGGCAACGAUUGAAGAACACCCACGGGAAUGCAAGAACGCCAUGGUCCAUAAAGUGGAUAAAGUUAUGGUGCCUCCAGAGAACAGUCUUCUCGAUCAUAUAAUGGAUGAUCCAGACCUGAGCUUGCUGCCUCAUGGAAGCUACACGGUCCUGGCUCCCACAAACCGAGCUCUGUCCCAGGUGGAUCAGAAGCAGCUGCAACAGAUCCUCAGCGAUAAGAGGCGAUUAAAGAAGUUUGUGGAACGCCAUCUGCUGAACCGCAUGGUGUUGAAGUGUUCAAUCCCGGAACGUGGGGUCUACACGACGAGAUCAAUGCAGAAGGAUGAAACCGACUUCGCUUUCGACGACAGGAAAACGGCUCUACGUCAACACCCACUCACGAACCGUUAG